CGCAAAGCACUCCGGGCUCCGCAUCUGGCCCGGCUCUCUGUUGCGCCAACGGCCGGAACCCUAAUCCUCUCCCAGGCGGCGGCGGCGCUGCCCCCCAUCCGCGGCCCCGCGGCAACCAGAAUCCAGAUCGAGGUAUUGCUCGUGCCGCGGCCCUGGCGACCCGCCCAGACCUGUCUCAUCUACCCCCGCCCCUGCUUCUCUGCUUCGCUUCAGAUUGGGCGCAGCGGGUGAUUCCUCAUUCCUGUUUUAUGGAUGAUCAAUCACCACAAAAAUAGUGCAUUUUGGAAAGCUGUUCAAUAGAGGCAUGGAAUUAGAUCCUGGUCAUACCCCUCUUAUACAUGGUCUUCCUGAUGAGAUUGCUCUCAUUUGCUUGGCAAGAGUUCCUAGGCGGUAUCAUAAUAUUCUUAGGCAUGUCUCAAAGAGGUGGAGAGCACUGUUAUGCAGUGAAGAAUGGCACUUGUGCCGCAAGAGGAAUAACUUGGACGAGUCAUGGAUCUACGUAAUCUGUAGGGAGGCAGGCAUCAAAUGCUAUGUAUUGGCUCCAGACCCUUCAAGUCGGUGCUUUAGAAUCAUGCAUAUCAUUGAACCCCCAUGCUCAGGGAGGAAAGGUGUUACCAUUGAAGCCAUAGAUAAAAGGCUAUUUCUUCUGGGUGGUUGCAAUUGUGUACAUGAUGCUACAGAUGAAGUAUAUUGUUAUGAUGCCUCCUCAAAUCGCUGGAGCGCAGCAGCUCCAAUGCCCACAGCAAGGUGCUAUUUUGUAUCCGCGUCUCUUAAUGAGAAACUGUACGUAACUGGUGGAUAUGGUUUGACAGACAAGUCACCAAAUUCAUGGGACAUCUAUGACCCGGCCACAGACUCAUGGUGUGCCCACAAGAACCCAAUGCUCACCCCUGACAUAGUAAAAUUUGUCGCACUGGACGAGGAGCUGGUGACCAUUCACCGGGCAGCGUGGAACAGAAUGUACUUUGCUGGCAUAUACGACCCGCUGGACCGCACCUGGAGAGGCACGGAAAACGAAAUCGCUCUCUGCUGCUCCAGCCCGACAGUUGUCGUGGAUGGAACACUGUACAUGCUGGAGCAAUCUAUGGGCACGAAGCUGAUGAGGUGGCAGAAGGACACCAAGGAAUGGGCCAUGCUUGGUAGGCUCUCCGACAAGGUCACAAGACCCCCUUGCGCACUCGUGGCCAUAGGCAGGAAGAUUCAUGUGAUUGGAAGAGGGCUGAGUAUAGUCACAGUCGACGUGGACACAGCAGCAAGAGUAGAUGGGUUCCUGGUUACCACUUCUAUAGGCCCAUUGGUGGAGGAAGACUUGACGCCGGAGAGGUGCAUGGUGAUCACCAUCUGAAGGUGGCAUCGGAGCUUGAUGCUGAUGCCGAGUGUAUGUUGUAACUGACAAUCCACAUUGGCCGAACAUUUGGCUAGUGGGGAUGACUCAUGCACAUAUAUACUGUGAUGUGAAUUCAAUAAGGGUUCAUACAGCCAAUAAUUAGUUAGGCCAUGUUUUGGUUCCUCAUUUGUGCUCUUUCUCGACUGCUGGCUGUAAGAAAAAUAUUUACCUUUUUUUUGUUACCUGAUGGAUAUCUGAACUGAACAUAGCUGAUGGGAUUGGAACCCCCUGCGAA